AUGGCUGAAUCACGACCGCAGGAAAAGUACCCCGCCAUCCAGGGCGGCGGGAGCCUGAUGAUUGCAUGGCAGGUCAAGGGCAAACCUGUCCUUGUCAUCGGCGGCGGUGAGGUAGCAGCAGGACGGAUUGUCCACCUCCUCAACGCCGAUGCCGUCGUCACCGUCAUCUGUCCCUCGAGCGGCCUGAACGCCGAAGUCUCGUACCGUGUCGCCCAAAAGCAGGUAACCCACGUCGACCGGAUCUUCCUCCCCUCGGACCUCGACGACAAGGACUGGUCUAUGGUCCUCGUAGCCAUCGACGAUCCUGCCGCCUCGACCCAGAUCUGGAAGCUGUGCAAGCAGAAGCGCCUGGUGGCCAACAUUGCCGAUGUCCCGCCCGAGUGCGACUUUUACUUUGGCAGCGUGCACCGCGAUGGACCGCUACAGAUCAUGGUGUCCACCAAUGGCAAGGGGCCGAGGCUGGCGAGCAUGAUCAGACGCUUCAUUGCGAAGCAGCUGCCGUCCAAUGCUGGGAGGGCCAUUGAGGCCAUUGGCGAGCUGCGCGUCAAGCUGCGCCAGGUUGCGCCCGAGCCCGAGGAGGGCCCCAAGCGCAUGUCCUGGAUGAAGGACGUGAGCGACAAGUACAGCUGGGAGGAGAUGUGUGAGAUGACGGACGAAGACAUGACCAACCUGCUCACGUUCUAUGAGCCCAACAGGGUGCCAAGCUUCCAUGAUCUCAGGGGGAUGAGAGCAAGUGCUAUCGAAGCAGCCAAGGCAGAUGUGUUCGACGGGUCGUUCGGGUUCAGCGUUGGUGUAUGA